AAAAACAUUUCAGAACUACUCAAAAAUGUUAAACUAUUAGAUAUCGAAACUUUUCGUAAAGAGACUCUCUAAGAGACUCACCAAAAAUUCAAGUAUGAUGUUUAUAAAAAUUUCAAUAUUUAUGUUUUUGGCGGCGAGCGAGGUUAGCCCGAUAUAUGCAAUGAACAUGGACAAUGCACGGAUAGUUUUGAGAGAUACAAACAAGAGGAGAAAACGCCACGAAUCGCAGUCAUUGGCUUUGGAUUUGGCUCUCAGCGACGGAUGCCAAAAAUAUGCUAACAAACUAGCCAAAUGGGGAAAUUUUACAUAUUCGGACCCCACUAACAAGGAAUACACCGAAAACAUCUGCAAAUAUGAAAUUAGAGCGGGAGCACUGUCUCGGUGUGUCCGCAAUUGGUAUAAAGGAAGAAAAUUUGACGUACUAGACCCCAGAGCUAAGGAGUAUACAGCCCUGAUUUGGAGAUCUUCCCAAUUUAUGGGGUAUGGAGAUGCUAACAUAAAUGCCUUGCAAGGUGUUCUUGUGGUCAGAUAUACUCCACCUGGAAAUGUUCCAGGAUUAUACACGGACAAUGUGCGUAAAAUAAAGAAAAAGGAAAAGAAGCAUAAGAAGAAGCACAAACAUAGGGAUACAACUGGUUGUGCCAAUCGUCAGGGUAAUCUAUACGUCAUUUUGUUGUUGAUCCUUUUUGUUCUAUCAACGGCGAUGUCACUCAAUGAUGUUUCCCUUUUUUCUGACUCCGCACUAUAACUGCUACUGAACAUA